CCCCCACCCCCUUCCUGAGGAAACCCAUUUCAGCUGCUUGUACCCUGGAUCUUGGUCUUUGGGUCCUGACCCAGCCUUCAGGACCAUAGGACGGUGCGUUACCGAAGGUGCUGAACAGCUGAUGGAGUCCAUCAUCAGAGACUGUGAGGCCUCUGUGUCAUUGAAGCGGGUCUGUGUGCAGAAUAUACGGAAGUAAGAACACAUGGCAUCUACAACACAGUCUGCCUUAGAAUACGUUGAGAAUCAAAGAUGUUGCCUUGUGGGAAAAUUAAAGAAUCUUUCAGUGAUUCUGGAGAACUUGAACCAGGAGAACUCGGAUAAGAAAAUAAUUUUAAAUGAUGAGGAGGUCUGUGAAAUAGAGCAAGCAGAGAAAACCGACUACGAUAAAACCAGAAAAAUUUUGGACUCGGUCAAAAAAAAGGGGGAAGCAGCCUGCUAUGAGUUCCUCAGGAUUAUUUACAUGACGAGGAAGAGGACAUUAGAUCCUGACCUGCACCACUGGAUCAGCUGCUUUCCUUUCAAGGAAGACCCACAAAUGGAUACAAACUACCUACAAGGCUCAAGGCCGUGCCACAGAUAUCAGGGAAAGUUGAAGUCAAAAGCACAAAAAAUAUCAGAUAAGUUUUGGAUGGCAAACAAAAAUCAGUUUAAAGGAAACAACAAAUCUGAUUUGUCGUAUAUGUCACUUGUUUUAGAAACACAGGGAAAUAUUUAUCCAUCUAAAAUAAAGAAGUCAAAGAACAAGAAAAUGAAGAUGAGUCGCAAGAAAAAGCUACGGACGUACAUCCCUGAGGUCAAAGCAGACAUUUCUCCCGGUGAGCUGCUGAAAACAAGAAAACAUCAAAACAUCCUCCUGGUUGGUAAACCUGGAAUUGGAAAGACAGCACUCGCUCAUGAAAUGUUAAAACUCUGGGCACAAAGAGACAACGAGGUGCUCGAUUACAUGUUUUACUUUGACAUGAGAGAAACAUCCCACAUCAGGACGGACACGAGCUUGGAGGACCUUCUCUUCAGUGUGUUCAGUGAACCAGAUGAAGGCAAAGAAGAGGUCUUACAGGACAUUAAGCUGAACUCUGACAACGUUACACUCAUCUUUGAUGGAGUCACAGAUCUGUCUUCAUCAGUGCUGAAGAGACUUGUAGAGAAGGACCUACUACCUGAUGCUAAAGUCAUCGUGACUUGCAGACAGGAUGAUGAGGAAGAGUUCGCUUCUGAGGACGUUUUCAGAGUGGAAGUAAAAGGCUUUAGUGAGCAGACUAUAAAAACAUACUUAUCUGCAAUGCUCGGCAAAGAGCAGAAGGUUGUGACCAACGUAGAGUUGUUAACUCUGUGCCAUGUCCCAAUGUAUGCACUGAUGGUGGCUGUCUGCUUUUCAUUUGAGACACCAGAAGACUCUCCACAGCCAUGCACCAUUACUGAAAUCUACAUCAAUAUCGUUCGUUUUUGCCUUCAAAUGAACAACCACAACAUAAAAAAAAGAAAUCUAAAUCCUUUUAUCAACAACAAGAGUAAGGAAAUACUGUCUUUGGCUGAGGCUGCUUUUCAUGCAACUGAAGGAAAAACUGUGAACUUGACAGAACGUCCCUGUGAGGACAGCUGUGUCCAUUGCUUUCUGAAAGCACUUUUUAUUGACGUUGGCCACACUGAGACAAAAGCCACAUAUGCAUUUCUCCAUUACACAAUGCAGGAGUUUUUUGCAGCUCUGUGGCUCUUAAAGAAUCCAGAGAAAAUCAAGGACGUUUUUCAGCAAUGCCUCACAGAGGAGAAGAAACACAUGAAACAUCUGAUCCCUUUCAUGUGUGGAUUGUUAAAUGAGAAGAGCCCCAGUUUGAUGAAUUGUCUGAUUCCAGCUCAGGAGCUCAAGAAUACAUCUAACUGGUUCUUCAAGGAAAUGAUGACCGCGUUUUUCAACAGUGAGCUUGAGGAGGACAUACUCUUCUUCUGCCAGUGUUUGUAUGAGUCCCAGUGUCCUGAAGCAUGCGUCCACCUUCUGGACAAACUGGGCUGCCAUCUUGAUCUCAGUGGAGAGACUCUCGAUCCUUACCCUUGCUGCGCUGUGGCCUAUGUGGUCACUCAGUCAAAGAGAAAAAUAUCCCUGGACCUUGAGGACGUCACGGUGUCAGAACAAGGAAUGACACGACUAUUUGGAUGCCUUGAAAAUGUCCAAUGGUGUGACCCUCUGCCACAGCAUCUUUGGAGGAUUUUUCUUCUCAGUGAAGGACAGAUGGACCCCAUCGCCUUACUUGGCCUUGAUGGAAAUCGGCUGCACCUCCCAGUUGGGGGUAAUAAACAGCUGUAUGAAAGGGCAGUAAAAGUGGUGCAGAAGAUGACUACGAAGGUUAAUGUCUGCCUCCACUGGGAUAAGGAAGCUCCUGUCUGCCAGAGUCUGUGUGAGACUCUCUUUGAGGCUUUGCCUCACAUCAGCUCACUCAGUGUUCCUCGGUGGUCAGAUCGAUCUGAAGGAGUCAGGAUCUUUGUGAAUCUGUUCUGUGCAGCAGAGAGAGAACAGCUGACAGGAGAGAAGACUCUGGAGCUGUUAUCAUCAGUGUGCACAUAUCAAACAUUCCCUUUAAAAGACCGGGGUUAUGAUGGUGGUGAAGACGACUCCCUUAAUGAAUAUCGGAGAGAUUUCCUGCUGGAUCUGUACUCCCACCUGAAGGACUACGAGACUAAAUCAGGUCUGAGUCUCCUUCCAUCAUUACAGUCAGUUUUCCAGUCAGCUCCUGCAGUCUGGACCAUAAACCUCUCAGAGAGAAAGAGCUCCAUCCUCCUGGAAGUGCUGAAACUCCAAUCAGAGAAGAAACCAGUGGAGCUGACAGGCUGCUCAGAUGAAGAGAGUGAAGUGAGGAGUUUCCUACAGUGUCUGCCUUAUAUCUCACAGCUCAGUUUUGUGCCCAAGUUAUCAAGAUCUUCAGAAGAAAUCCGGUUCUUUGUGAAUCUGUUCUGUGCAGCAGAGAGAGAACAGAAAUCAAAAGAGAAGACUCUGGAGCUGUUAUCAGUGUGCAGAUAUCAAACACUCCCUCUUGAACUGAAAUGGUGGGAUUUCCUGCUGGACCUGUACUCCCACCUGAAGGACUACGAGACUGAAUCAGGUCUGAGUCUCCUUCCAUCAUUACGGUCAGUUUUCCAGCCAGCUCCUGCAGUCUGGACCAUAAACCUCUCAGAGAGAAAGAGCUCCAUCCUCCUGGAAGUGCUGAAACUCCAAUCAGAGAAGAAACCAGUGGAGCUGACAGGCUGCUCAGAUGAAGAGAGUGAAGUGAGGAGUUUCCUACAGUGUCUGCCUUAUAUCUCACAGCUCAGUUUUGUGCCCAAGUUAUCAAGAUCUUCAGAAGAAAUCCGGUUCUUUGUGAAUCUGUUCUGUGCAGCAGAGAGAGAACAGAAACCAAAAGAGAAGAUUCUGGAGCUGUUAUCAGUGUGCAGAUAUCAAACACUCCCUCUUAAACAGAAAUGGUGGGAUUUCCUGCUGGACCUGUACUCAAAUGAUCCUAAAUCAGGUCUGAGUCUCCUUCCAUCAUUACAGUCAGUUUUCCAGUCAGCUCCUGCAGUCUGGACCAUAAACCUCUCAGAGAGAAAGAGCUCCAUCCUCCUGGAAGUGCUGAAACUCCAAUCAGAGAAGAAACCAGUGGAGCUGACAGGCUGCUCAGAUGAAGAGAGUGAAGUGAGGAGUUUCCUACAGUGUCUGCCUUAUAUCUCACAGCUCAGUGUUCGUCGGUGGUCAGAUCGAUCUGAAGGAGUCAGGAUCUUUGUGAAUCUGUUCUGUGCAGCAGAGAGAGAACAGCUGACAGGAGAGAAGACUCUGGAGCUGUUAUCAUCAGUGUGCAGAUAUGAAACAUUCCCUUUUAAAGACCGGAGUUGUAAUGAAUAUCGGAGUGAUUUCCUGCUGCAUCUGUACUCCCACCUGAAGGACUAUGAUCCUGAAUCAGGUCUGAGUCUCCUUCCAUCAUUACAGUCAGUUUUCCAGUCAGCUCCUGCAGUCUGGACCAUAAACCUCUCAGAGAGAAAGAGCUCCAUCCUCCUGGAAGUGCUGAAACUCCAAUCAGAGAAGAAACCAGUGGAGCUGACAGGCUGCUCAGAUGAAGAGAGUGAAGUGAGGAGUUUCCUACAGUGUCUGCCUUAUAUCUCACAGCUCAGUGUUCCUCGGUGGUCAGAUCCAUCUGAAGGAGUCAGGAUCUUUGUGAAUCUGUUCCGUGCAGCAGAGAGAGAACAGCUGACAGGAGAGAAGACUCUGGAGCUGUUAUCAUCAGUGUGCACAUAUCAAACAUUCCCUUUUAAACACUGGGGUUAUGAUGAUGAUGAUGAUGAAGACGACGACAUUAAUGAAUAUCGGAGAGAUUUCCUGCUGGAUCUGUACUCCCACCUGAAGAACUAUGAUCCUGAAUCAGGUCUGAGUCUCCUUCCAUCAUUACAGUCAGUUUUCCAGUCAGCUCCUGCAGUCUGGACCAUAGACCUCUCAGAGAGAAAGAGCUCCAUCCUCCUGGAAGUGCUGAAACUCCAAUCAGAGAAGAAACCAGUGGAGCUGACAGGCUGCUCAGAUGAAGAGAGUGAAGUGAGGAGUUUCCUACAGUGUUUGCCAAAUAUCUCACAGCUCAG